AUGGGUAUGAUGGUGGGGGUCCUCAGGCUCACCAAUAAAUGGGCAAAACGACAAUUCAAAGAAUGUUGUGGUGAAAAGAAGGUGGUGGACGCGUUCACAUUCGGUUAUAGUCAUCGUCAUCGUCAGCGAGGAGGGGAAAGGAAAAAGAAGACGGCGAGUUUCAUUAUUUGGUUACAUAACGAGAAGAAGAUGGUGGUGCACAUGUGA